CUGCUUUCAACGUGCAAUAUUACGCAGCGCUGCAGAGCACUCAAGUAAUGUUACAACUCCCCGCAGACAUUGCCACCCCCGUCCUUCUAUCCACCCUGGCGACCACUUCGAAUUCCCCGGUUGCUGCAUCGGCAAUUGUCAUUAACAUACUCUGGUUCCUCGCUCUCGUCCUGAGCCUAGCUGCGGCAUCCGUCGGCAUCAGCGUGAAGCAAUGGCUCGUAGCGUACAUCCCUCCGGAAAGCACUACCGCGCGCCAGCGCGCUCGAAUAUGGCACCUGCGACAUCGCGGUUUGCGUAAAUGGCGGGUACCCGCCAUCGUGGCUAUGCUCCCGAUCCUCCUCCAGCUUUCCCUGCUAUUAUUCUUGGCUGGCGUUGUCGUGCUCCUGUGGACGCUGAACAUGAUCGUCGCUAUUGUCGUCAUGGUCCCAGUGGCUGUGCUUAUCCUGCUCUCUGGUCUCGUCGCCAUCAUCCCGACCUUCGCACCCGACUGUCCGUACAAGUCACCACAAGCGUGGUGGAUCUACUUGCUCAUCCAUCGACUCACUCGUUUCGACGGAACGCUCAAAAGGCGGCUAUUCGAAACCCGCCGACACUUUCUGCUGCGCCUCUGGAGAACCGUCGUGACGACACGAGACUGGCUGGAUCGCGAAAAUAAUCUGCUUCGCUCGGAGGCACGGGAGCAGACGUCCGAGUCCGUCCUGGAUACGGUAGCCGUGCUUGUGGCGGCAGAUCAACUGGUCCGCGACGACGAAUUUCUCCAGGCUGUUAUCGUUCCUGCAUUCCAAUUGGUGGACUCGUCACGCAGGGAUUUCGACGAGUCUCUUCAAGCAUUCUAUCAACUAGUACAGUCCAGGGCGCACGUCGCGUUGCCAUCCGCCCACAGCACGGGCGAUUCGUUGGCCCUACCGAUCAUGUCUUGGUUCAAGGACGAGAUGGACAGCGGAUCGGUAGCUGCCAUGGCCGAUUUGACCUUGGAGAUGCUCAUCAAAGUAGCUGGGGAGCUGAGACCCAACCGAGCGAAACAGGCGCGAGAGAUAUCACGGAUCCUCGCGAUACUACAAGCGCUCCUUGCUGCGCUCCCUCGAUCCCAAUCCCGUGCCCUCAUUCGUCUUAUCGACUGGUAUUGCGACGAGGGAACGACCUGCCGACCUUCCCAUGCUUGUGAAGAUGACCCAGUGGAGGUGAUCUCCCAGCAUGCAGUCCGGUACCGGUCUAAGAUCAAGGCAAUGCCUGUUCGUCAACAAGCCGUCUUGGGUUCAAAAGCCAUGGAUCGACUCGAACAGUUGUUGCAUGAUUCCGCCUCUGGGAGCUUCCAACAUCGCCACGCAGAACGGGGGCUACUGAGACUGAUAGGCGUCUCUGCCCUUGUCGUGUCGCGUCUCUGCCACUUGCUGGGAGGUGACAAACCAAUCCCGCCCGGUACUCGCACUACCUUAAUAUGGCUGGCUGCAAGAGUUGCGGCAGAUCUACCCUUGGAAGCAAAAUCGGUCAUUGGUCUUGUAGCUUGCCUACGAAUGCUUUCUAAAGAGCCUCACAACGACAUACGCUCACAGAACACUUUAUGCCUCUGUACUGCUAUCGGGACAUCUCUCGACAACAUUGGGUCAGACGAUGGGCUAGCAGACGUAUCCGGCCCUUUGCGCUCUGCUCUUCACGAUUUCCUCGAUUCGAUCAGCUACUUGGACCGCUACGGCAUGUUCGAUUACUUGCGAGGGAUCCUCUCGGUUUACGGUGUCAUGGCUCGGAGGCAAGCCCAUUUCCUCACGUCCUCUGAUCUCGCGAAACUGGAUGCCUGUGUUGCGGCCUGCACCGAGGGCUGGCCGCGAGGUCUGGCGGAGGCGAAGAUACUCCAGGAAAGACUAGCACACUUGCAUGGUGCUCUGGACAUGAUUCCAAAUGCUGAUGGUAUAAUCCAGGAUGAUGCUCACAUCUCUAUCUGUGUCACCUCCGUAUGACGUCAAUCGGAAUGUACAUCAACUUCAACCGCGGAAUCGUCAUGAUCUAC